AUGGAGACGCCUGCCGCUCCCGAGGGCGCUGCGCCAGCCGACCAUCGCCCUGCUCUCACGGUCGAGGAGCUCUGCUUUGCCUCGGCCAUGAGCUGCUUUGAGGGGUGGCUCAAGAUGGAUCCUGCUAUCGGUCCUCGUACCAUGUCCUACGUGACCAAGUUCAUUUCCAGGACUUUGGAAAAGACACACAACUUGAAAGAAGUCCGAGAAACGCUGUCAAGAAGUGUGGAAGUAUGGGUGUGGCUCACAAAGUCCUUCGCCGCCGCGCUUCCUAGUUUGACAACGCGGUCGAUUGGUCCUCUGCAGAGCCUUAAUGACCCCGAAAAGGGCAUCACCCCCCAGGAGAGCACCGCUCUCAUCACAAAAAACUACACGUCACUUAAAGAGGACCUGCAAUUAUUGAUCAAGUUGAUGCACAUUGCAAGGAACCUGCUGGUUGUCCCCGAACCAGAGAUUCCCCAGGAUCUGUGCGCUGCGGCCCAGUUCGACAAGAUGCUCUAUCAGACCAUCACCCUCUGUGUCAACGUCACUAGCAAGGCCUACGAUGGCGACAUCCUGGAGGAGACUGCCCGCCACAAGCUCAGCGAGAUCACCGAGUUGUAUAAGAAACUCCUCAUCACUUGUCUGCAGCAAGCCCACAACUGGAUCGCCAAGAAUGACCGGAACAAGAUGUCAUUUUGGUGUGCUGUUUUGUUUGAUGACGAGUCUGGCGAGGAACAGCAGGAUGCUGGUGCCCAGUUCGCCGACUUCCGCCCCGAUGUCGCCAAGAUGGAGGUCCAGAACUGGAUCGAGCGCAACUCUAGGAUGUGCGACAAGGCUCGGCAAUUACUGGUUGAUUACCAACGGAACUUGGGCUCUCGCGGAUCCCCUCCUGGAAGUCUACCCGAAAAUUCCGUCUUGUCGUGGAACUGGAUGCCGCAUGUUCGUCCGCGAGCCGACGAUAUCGGCGAAGAGACCAAGAUCACGCCACAGUGGAAGGAGGACGAACAAGACAAGUUUGAACAAGACAGGCUUUACGGCCGCGUGUCAAGGGAAGUCGACACCUGGUGGCUCAAGGUGCGGGAUCCCAACUACGACGAAUGGAUCAUUUCGAUGCCUUCGGUCGAAAAGGCUCACCAGCUUAUUGAGGGUUGCAAGCUUAGCUCGCUAAACCGGUAUCCUCAUUCGUUUCGUAACGAUGAUCAAGAGGGCUCCGUUCAUUCCGCUGAGGAUGUCCAGUUACCGGAUCAUCAGGGCCCCGAGGGAGAAAUUCGGGAUGAUCGCCACUACAACCUACCGGACUACAACGACGACAUGAUCGAGGACGAGGAUGUUGACGAUGACGAGUCGUAUGGUGAAGGCCCCAUGAGCGGCUUGCUCACCGAAGUUCCCAACAUCCUUGAUCCCAAGCAAAUCGAGGCACUUCACAUGAUUGUGAAAUCCUGCAUUCUCGAUAGUGCAGGCAUCUCACUUAGUCGGGCUGGUGAGAACUUGCAGAAGACGAGAUGCAGAAUGUUCCUGUCUCUCGAGUGCGGCAGGAGUCUGUUGCGUGAGAUCUUGGUGUUCAUUGCGGUGUGGGAAAAGAGUGAGCAGUCUCUCAUUUUCCAGCUUACCACUCAAAUUGUUGAAGCCAUCCACCACAGUGCUUUGAUCCCAUUUGCGUGGCAGUCGUUGCGUAUUCCCAAAGACAUUAUCUCGCCCGCCCAGACUGUUCUGCUUCGUCUGGUGAACAACAUGUUCCGGACGCGUCUUCAGGACCCGAUACAGCCCGGUUCCAAGGGACAUCUGCGGGAUAUCAAGCUCCUGCAGUUUCUUUACAUCCAGUUCCGCACUCGCAUAGUACCCGAGUGUACCGCUCUCAUGCACCUUCAGGCGCAAAUCCGCAAUGAGACGUGCGAUCCUGUCGACUUCCCUGUCGACAGCUGGGAUAUGGAAAGGGCCAAGGACGGUCUCCAGCAGUUCCUUGACCUGCUGAUGACGGUAAAUGAGCCCAUCGAGUGGAGGACAUGCCUUAUUCAAUGGGAGGCCGUGUUCGAUCUUCUUGUCCUCCUCAAGAGCCUUGAGUCUGCCGUGCCGAAGAAGCCCAUGGUUGACCUCCCUGACCGCUCUGCUCACCGGCGCCCCCCUCCGCCUCACGACGAUGACCGGGAGUCCCAUGACUACGACAGCGCCGAUCCGCCCCCGCCACCCCCUCCUCCCCCUAUUCAGGAACAUGCUCACAAGUUCCCCUGGGCUGGCAUCAAGGGCCAAAUCCUCCACAUCAUUGCUGGACUCCUGCAGCCAGAAGCGGGACGCAGUGGCCCCGGCAACCCCGUGGUCCAGAAGCAAAUCCUCCAACACAAUGGCAUCAUCAGCUUGCUGAACUGCUGCGUUUACGACGACCAUAACAGGUUCGCGCGCGAACGCGUGCAGAUCUGCCUCAAGUGGCUCAUGGACGGCUCUGCAGAGGCCAACAAGGUCUUGCACGACCUAGUAGCCGUCUCGCCACCGCCCAACCUCCAGCCCGCACCCGACGCCAGCGGACUCACCCAGCCUGUCCCUCUUCGCGUCGACGGUAUCGCCGGCGAGGUGAAGGUCCGCGUUAAGUCCAACAAUGCUCAGCCCGGCUCCUCCCCCUCCUCAUCUGCGCAGCAGCAACAAUACCACCCGCCAGCGGCCUAUCAACAAUAUCCCCCCCGCCCGUCCAGCGCAGCUAGCAACGAGAGCGGGAUCACCACCAACUCCAACACCAGCACCUCCAGCAGCACCCACGACCACGACCAUCUUUCAUCACAAGCAGCUCCCAGCGCCAGCAACAACAACAACAACAACAACAACAACAACAACAACAACAACAACAACAACAACAACAACAACAACAACAACAACAACAACAACAACAACAACAACAAUAACAACAACACCCACACCCACCAACCCCCGGCUCGCGUCCACGGCCCUGCCCCUCCUCCACCAACUCCUCCUUCCGCACUCACCCUCCCCUCCCUCGCCUCCCCUCUCAUUUCCGUCUCCCCCUCGGACUACGAGCGUUUCACCAAGGCGUACAUGAACGCGCUUCCGCCGCUGCACAGCGCCGCCACCGGUGUUCCCGGUGUCGGUGGACAUCUGAACCAUCCGAUGAUGCAGGCUGUCAGGAACCAUGGCGGUAGACCGGAGGAUCUGUUCAAGGAUAUCUUGACGCUGGCGGAUGAGGCGGCGAGGUUGGCAAUUGGUCAGCCGCCUUUUGCGUCGCCGAGUGGGUCGGGAAUCGGAAGCGGAAGUGGGUCGAGACAGAGGGACGCCGAGGAGACGGAGGAGGAGGACUUUAUGUGAGUUUGAUGGUGUGGAAGGAAAAUUGGUGUGACGAAUAUGGCAUUUACUGGCUUGGGUGACUUGAUAGUUUCGAAUCUAAGGUAGCAUUUAAAGGUGCAUGCGGGUUUGUGUAUUUACAAUAGAUCGGAAAGGGAUGGGUUUACGGAAGGAACCAUAGGAAAAGCAAUUACUCACAGAUUCGUCAUCAGAUA